AGAAGUAUACAUCAGAUAGGGUUGACUCUAAAGGAACGUGAAAAGUAAAUAGAAAAAUGAAGAAGGAGGUGGUAUUGGUAACCGGUGCUUCCGGUUACCUAGGUGGACGUCUCUGCCACGUGUUAUUAAACGGCGGUUACCACGUUAAAGCCUUUGUUCGCCGUACAAGCGAUCUAUCAUCUCUACCUCAGCCUACUAACGGCGACGGAACCCUAGAAAUUGUGUUCGGAGAUGUAACAGAUUAUCAGUCACUCCUUAAGGCUUGCUCUGGUUGCCACGUCAUCUUUCAUGUUGCUGCUUUAGUUGAACCUUGGCUUCCAGAUCCUUCUAGAUUUUCAUCAGUCAAUGUUGGAGGCUUGAAGAAUGUGUUGAAAGCUUAUAAAGAAACAGGAACUAUAGAUAAAAUUGUGUACACAUCAUCUUUUUUUGCCUUGGGACCAACUGAUGGAUAUAUUGCAGAUGAAACUCAGACUCAUUCUGGAAAAUUCUUCUGUACGGAGUACGAGAAAUCGAAAGCUAUUGCUGAUAAAGUUGCAUUAGAUGCUGCGUCUGAAGGAAUACCAAUAGUGCCUGUUUAUCCAGGAGUCAUAUAUGGUCCCGGGAAGGUCACGGCUGGAAAUGUCAUUGCCCGUAUGAUAAUUGAACGCUUUAAUUGGCGUUUACCUGGUUACAUUGGCCAAGCAAAUGACAGGUUUUCUUUUAGCCAUGUUGAUGAUGUGGUUGACGGACAUAUUGCAGCUAUGAACAAAGGCAAACCAGGUGAAAGGUAUCUUCUUACUGGGGAGAAUGCGUCAUUUAAGGAAGUUUUCGACGUAGCUGCUAUCAUCACUCACACAAAGAGGCCUUCGUUUGGUAUUCCCCUACUUAUGAUUGAAGCUUAUGGCUGGUUAUCAGUUCUUUUCUCCAAAUUAACAGGAAAGCUUCCUCUAAUCAGUCCUCCGGUGUAUGUAACAAGGGUAAAUUAUUUCGAAAGUGGAUGAGAGUACUGAAGCCUCCAUAAAUUAGGGUCAAUAGUUAAUACUAGGGCUAAACUAUACAUGCUUGACAGUUGGAGUAAGGAAAAUUAUAGUGCAUAGAUAGAUCAGUUUUUCUUUUGUAUAUAUACUAUAUGUUGAAUUCUCUUAACUUCUUCGUGUGUUUACUUCUGUAUGUUUUGUCUACCACUUUCUUACACUUAUGGUAAACAAACCAUACACUCAAAUUUAAAUUGAAUUGAUGCAGCAAUAUGUUUUCUAGCUGGAUUAAAACCCGUCAACCGGUCUCGUUUUACCGGUUCAAACCGGUAACCGGACCGGUAAAAUCGGAACCGGUUGAACCGGUUUACCCGU